CAACGCCGCGCCGAAGCCGACAUCGACUUGUGCUGCAUCACAUCACACACUCACACUCAUUCACACACAAUGGCAGAGAGCAGGCAAGAGCUGGUGCGCAAUGCCGUGCUCUUCCUCAACGACCCAAAGGUCCAAUCCUCCUCCCUAACGCAGCGCAUCGAGUUCCUACAAGGCAAAGGGCUGAGCGAGCCCGAGAUCCAGCAGGCGCUGCACGAGGCGGCCAACCCCGGUGCUGCUUCGGCGCCAGCAGCGGCCAGCCUCACGAGCCCCGUCGCUGCUCCGCCGGCGUACGCGCGUUCGACGGCAGCACCGCAGUACGCACCCGCACAGCAGGGCGGAUACGUGCCCUAUGGCAAUGUGUAUGCCGUGCCGCCGCCUGAGCCGCCUAAGCGCGACUGGCGCGAUGUGUUUAUCAUGGCCGUCGUGUCCGGCGGUGUCGUCUACGGCCUUGCAGCGCUGGCAAGGAAAUACCUCACGCCCCACCUGCAGCCCCCGUCCUCCACGGCCUUCCAGGAGACGUCGCAGGCCCUGACGGAGCAGUACGACGCGGCCGCGGCCGCGCUCGCGGACCUCAAGGCGGAGACGGAGGCGCUGUCGAAGUCAACGGAAGCCGAGCGCGCGCGUCUGUCCGCCGCGCUCGACGAGGUGGAGGAGGCCGCCCGCGCGGUGCGGGACGCCGAGACGCGCUGGCGCGACGACAUGCGCGAGGUGCGCGGCGAGGUCGAGAGCGUGCGCGAGCUCGUGCCGCGCAUGAUUGAGAAGCACUCGGCCGCGCAGAGCGCGGCGCUCACCGAGCUCCAGAGCGAGCUGCGCAGCCUCAAGACGCUGCUCGUCGCGCGCCAGGGCGGCGCCGCGGCGCCCGCGCAGCCCGCUACACCUGCGACCGAGGGCGGGAGCGGCGCGGCAAGCCCGACGCCGAGCGCGACGCAGACGGCGGCGAACGCGCUCCUCGCGCCCCGCGGUAAGGCGUCCAUCCCCGCCUGGCAGCUCGCGCCGUCCGCUUCCGCGAGUAACGGCGCCAGCGCGAGCUCGAACGCUAGCACGGGUACCAGCACGACGAGCUCGCCCCGCGCCGAGACGGCAUAGAGGGGGCGGAUGUGGCUAGGCAUAGGGUGGUGGCGGUUGGUCGGACAGAGACGACGACGACGACGACGGCAGCGACGACGUACGGGAUCGCGCCUUGCAGCGCAUGUCAUUCUCUAGGCAGUAGUGUCUAUGCAAUCCAUACAGUAGUACUAUGAGCCCCUCUACUCCCCCCGUGCGCGCCACGUGCCCACCUCGCCGUCCUCGCCACCGGCAGCGAGCACCUCGCCGUCCCAAGCGACCGCGAGCAGCCGCUCGCCGAGGCUCUUGCCGCUCUUGGUCUCGGUGCGCUCGCCGUCCUUGGGCGUGCGCUUGACGCUAAACAGCGCAUGCUUGGGGGAACGCACGUCCCAGAUCUGCACGUUGCCCGCAUAUGUCGCGGCGGCGAACGUGAAUGGCGAGGUGGGGUGGCAGGCGAUCGAGGGCACGGGCGAGACGAGGUUGAACGUCGCGGCGAUCAGCGACGUCGCCUGGCGCGUGUCCCACAGCGUGACGGUGCGGUCCAUUGAUCCGGCCGCGAGGGUGGCAGUCUGCGCGAACUGGUCGAGGCAGAGGAGGGCCUUGUCGGAGGGUCCUUGGCGCACGAUGACACCAGCGCCGCUCUCAGCAUCCCACCCGCGCACCGAGCCGUCCCACCCAGCCGACCAGACACGUCCCGCGUCCUCGCGAUCAAAGAUGCCCGCGCCCACGCGACCAUGGUGUCCGCGGAAGACGAGGUCGGGCACGCAGCGCCAUCCGCCCUCGCCGACGUCUCCGUCCGUCAGCCCCUCGAUGAUCCGCGGCGCGUCGCCCUCGAGCUUGCGCCGCUUCUUCUGGCCGGGGAGGUAGCUUGUCGGCUCGGCAGGCACCUGGUGCUCCUCUGGCUCGGCGGCCGGCAGGACAUAGAGGUGGAGCAGGCCGUCCCAGCUUGCCGAGAGGAUGUCGCGACCGCUGCUGGCCGCGACCGAGCUGAUGGGCCCAGUGUGCCCCAUGAGCGUGUACACCUCGCGCGCGGUCGCGCCCUCGCUUGCCGCCACGUCGGGGUCGAGCGAGGGCAGCGAGAAGACGUGAGUCGCGCGGUCCACGCCGCCGGCCGCGACGAGGAUGUCGGACGUGCUGGACGCGGGCGAGACCCACGUUGUUGAGGUCGCGCCGAGCGAGGUGGGCAGGGGGAGCGUGUACAGCGGCGACGAGGAGGAGAGGGAGGUGACCUGCACGUUGGAGAGGUACGACGAGACGAGCAGGUGUCUGGCGGUGUCAGCUAUGUUGAGCCCAAGCCAAGCCACUCACCCAGGCCGCGCAAGGCUCAGCCCGCUGACCCAGUCGUCCUGCUCCCACCGUCCGACCUCAGACGGGGGGAGCACAGACUGGAGGUACUCGACGUUGAUGGCCGUCUCCUCGUCGUCCCCGCGGUGCUUCUUGACCCACGCGUCGAGCGACGAGCGGAGCACCUCGCCGUCGACGACAAAGUCGAACGGGACCGGCGCGAGCCCGCUCUCGGCGCCAUGCCCGAGGACCUUGUUGAUGAGCUCGGAGAGCUGGAAGCGCCGCCAGUCGGCCGGGAUGAAAUACGUCGACUGCGGGAUCGCGUACUUGUCUGACCUGGUGAACAGGUUCACGGGGAUCUGGCGCGCUGCGCCGUUUGUCGAGCCGGACAUGGUGGGCUGGCUGGUUGUUGUUGU